AUGAAUGACGAUGGUGUGAACAUAAAGGAGCUGAUAAGUGCUAGAUUUCAGAAUCCAAAAUUUGUCUACGAUGGUAAAAGAAUGAGGGUUUUACAAGAAAGAAAGGUGGUUGAUUACACCUCUAGCAUUUGCAUUCAAAGGGUGAGGAGGAGGCUUGAUCCUCUACAGGUUAACGCGAGCUUUGAAUUGUCCCCCCAGAUUCUUAACCUGAAAUCACCUGAGCUCUGCUACAACGACAUCUCGAGCUUGUUCACAACAAAGAUUGAGCAUGUUAGUGUCAAUAAAGUUAAGUGCCCGGUGAAUAUUGUUAGAUGGACUCCUGAUGGCAGGAGGUUGAUGAGUGGGACGGCCACAGGAGAGUUUACUUUGUGGAACGGAUAUGGAUGUAAUUUCGAGACCAUUCUACAGGCUCAUGAGUCGCCUGUCAGAGGAAUGGCUUGGUCACCUUCUGGAUCGUUCCUGAUUUCCUCAGACAAUUUUGGAAUAAUCAAGUACUGGCAUCCGUCUAUGAACAACAUACAGAUAAUACAGGGGCAUACAGAGGCAGUGAGGGAUCUUUCGUUUUCUCACAACGAUAGUAAAUUUUGUUCUGCUUCUGAUGACUCUACAAUAAAGGUUUGGGACUCAAUUGAAGCGAAGGAAGAGUCUGUCCUCCGAGGACACAACUGGGACGUAAGAGCUGCGCAGUGGCAUAAAUAUAAAUCGCUGAUAGCCAGUGCAGGAAAAGACAAUCUUGUUAAGAUGUGGGACCCGCGAACAGCAGAAGAAUUGUGCACCUUGCAUCACCACAAGAAUACGAUACUAGCCUUGAAAUGGAUGGGAGAUGAAAACUAUCUUCUGACGGGAGGAAAAGAUCAAGUAAUAAAAAUGGUGGAUAUCAGAACAAUGUCUGACGUAUUCACCUACAAGAACCACAAGAAGGAAGUUACGUCAAUAGGAACGCAUCCUUGUAUUCCAGAUAUGUUUGUGAGUGGAGGUACAGAGGGGGGGCUUUACUUCUGGCAAGCAUAUACUCAGGUGCCCUUAGAGGUUGUUGAUGAAGGACAUGAAGGCACUGUAUGGUCGUUAGAUUAUCAUCCUGUAGGGCACAUUCUAGCAUCUGGGUCUGUAGACCAAAGUGUGAGAUUCUGGGUUAGGCCAAGACCAGACGAGAAUACUGAGAUUCCCGUUGGAGGGUUUGAAGACGAAGACAACAACUCUGAUGGCGGUGCAAUACCAGGGCUAUAG